CCUUGGGCUGAGCCUGGGGGUGACCGCCGGGAAGGCAGGGUCCUUCUCUGGGGCAGUCGCGCAGGUAGCGGCUGCGGAAAGUCAGACACGGGGCAUCAUGUACUACAAAUUUAGUGGCUUCACGCAGAAAUUGGCAGGAGCAUGGGCCUCCGACGCUUAUACGCCACAGGGAUUAAAGCCUGUAGUUUCCAAAGAAGCACCGCCUAUCAUAUUUGCCACACCAACUAAACUGACUUCCGAUUAUACCGCAUAUGAUUAUGCUGGGAAAAACAAAGUUCCAGAGCUGCAGAAGUUUUUCCAGAAAUCCGAUGGUGUGCCCAUCCACCUGAAACGAGGCCUGCCUGACCAAAUGCUUUACCGGACCACCAUGGCGCUGACGGUGGGAGGGACCAUCUACUGCCUGAUCGCCCUCUACAUGGCUUCACAGCCCAGAAACAAAUGAGUUAGGCUGCAAAGGACUGGUUUACUUUUUGGCAUAAACCCUUUGAAUUUUUACUUUUCAUUGUUUCUGUAAAAAAAUUUUUUUUUUUUACUUGAAUGGCCUACUUAACAUUUUAUAAAAAAAAAAAAAAAGAUAUGAAGGCAAUAUUUUGGUUUGUUUAUGAACUGCACAUGGCCUGUCAGAGCUCUUUUGACAGUUAAAACUAGUAUUCAUGGAAAUGUUGCUGUUCUUCCAGUAAGGCCUCUUGAUUUCCCUGGAGGUUUUGGAUGAAGGUUGCAUACAGGCUCAUUAAUGGCAGUCUGUGCUGAGGUCAUUGGGGACUUACGGUGGUAUUUUUGAGCGUGGGGUACAGAAGCUUUUCUGGAUUUGGAUGUGACUGAGGAAGGAAGACAAAAGCCCAGGCCAGGAGCAUAAAAUGAAGGGUUUGAGUUAGUAGUUACUUUGGGAAUUUUUCCAUCUUGCAGUAAAUUGUUAAUAGAAAUUAUUUGCAGCAUGCCUCUAUUUAUUGGGCAGUUUGUUUCAAAGGAUUAUUUGCCUCAUCUCAAAUUUUUAGUGAAAUUUUAUGUGUAAUUGUUAUGUAUUUAUUCCACCAUGGGAACAGAAUAACUGUUUAGUGCUGUACUUUAGACCGAUGUCUGUUUUAUUAAUGCACAAUCUCCUUUACCUUUUAAAAAUGUUAUGGCUUUUAAAUUAUGAUUUAUUUUGAUUGUGGAAUAAAUACAUGAAUGAAAAA